AUGACUCUGGAGUCUGGUCUGGACCUUUCCGGAGUUAAUUGGGAGCACCCCUCUAUAGCUUUAGCCGCGCAAUCUGCCAACUGGCGCUGUUUCCGCGUAUCCUCUCAUAGUCUUCUAUCAUUAUACUACUACUACUACUACUACUACUACUACUACUACUACUACUACUACUACUACUACUGUAGUAGUAGUUACCUAGUAUCGACCAAACUAAAAUGGUCCGACUGUAAUUGA